AAAAUAUACAAUCGCCAAGUGAAUUUAUUUUGGCGUCUUCCCGCCUUUUUCCUCCUCUUCCUCCUCUCUAUGGGGUUUCGAAAAGACCCCAUUUCUGUUCACAGGUUAGCCCCAUCAUUAUCCAAGAUUAGGGUUUUCUGAGCUCAACUUGACCUUUUUCAGUCCUCCAGUAUUCCGCCAUUUCCGGGCGCACGCCCCAGAUCUAUUUUUUUUUCUUGAUUUCUCGAUCAAGAUUCGAAAAUGGGCAUACAGGGUCUGUUGCCCCUUUUGAAAUCGAUUAUGAAUCCGAUUCACAUUAAGGAGCUCGAGGGCUGUUUCGUCGCCGUCGACACGUAUUCUUGGCUGCACAAGGGCGCUCUUUCCUGCAGCACCGAGCUCUGCAAAGGCCAAUCCACUUCCAAGCACAUUGACUACUGCAUGCACAGAGUGAAUAUGCUGCGUCAUUAUGGCGUUAAACCAAUUCUUGUGUUUGAUGGGGGCCCAUUACCGAUGAAGAGUGAGCAAGAGGUUAAGCGAGCAAGAUCAAGAAAGGAAAACCUAUCCAGGGCCGUGGAGCAUGAGGCAAAUGGAAAUAGAAGGGCUGCCUAUGAAUGCUACCAGAAGGCUGUUGAUAUAUCACCUUCAGUUGCUUAUGACCUUAUCCAGGUCCUGAAGAAGGAAAAUGUAUCUUACGUUGUGGCUCCAUAUGAGGCAGAUGCACAAAUGACAUUUUUAGCCCUCAACAAUCAUGUUGAUGCUGUGAUUACAGAAGACUCGGACUUAAUUGCAUUUGGUUGUCCCAGAAUAAUCUACAAAAUGGAUAAAUUCGGGCAAGGUGUUGAGUUUAAGAGUGCCUUGUUACAGUACAACAAAGAUCUAAAUUUAGAGGGAUUCACUCAGAUGAUGUUGCUCGAGAUGUGUAUCUUUAGUGGAUGUGACUAUUUGCAGUCCCUACCUGGAAUGGGCCUGAAAAAGGCUCAUGCUCUCAUGAAGAAGUUUAGAAACCAUCAAAAUGUAAUUAAGCACUUAAAGUACAACAACAUUGAGUGUACUCCUCUUUACGAAGAAUCAUUCAGGAGGGCAAUUUUGACUUUCAGGCAUCAACGAGUUUAUGAUCCGGUUAGCGAAGACAUUGUGCAUUUAUCCGAGCCAGUGGAUAGUACUGAUGAAGAUUUAGACUUCUUAGGCCCAUAUCCUUAUUCUUUAAUUUCCUAUAACACCACUUCAUUGUCCCAGCUUGUGGCGAAAGGUAUAGCAAGAGGGAGUCUUGAUCCUUUCACAAAAAUGCCAAUCCAGAGAGAACCCGAAGCUACUGAGAAGGUGGUUCAACGAACGUACCAGCUCAAGAAUUUCAAGCCUGACAGUGAAAAGAAAAGGCUCGAUUUGCCUGCUCAGAAGAAUCUCCUUACCAAUUAUUUUUGUUUUGCUUCUCUUGAGGCAAAGAGGAACUUCAAAGCCCCUCGAGUUACAGCUAAUCAUCUAAAUGAAAGCAACAAAAUUUCCAGUCAUUCCAUAAAUACACACGAGGUAAAAUGUGACGAUUUGAAGUUUGCUGAUUCACAGGAUCAUGAUGAUAGAAGAAUUGGAGUUAAACCGUUAUCCAUAUCUGGGAAUUCAGUUUGUAAGCCAUGUAUCUCAUUGCACAAGGAUCUUGAAUUGGAUGAAGAUAAUGCCUCGAGAGAUAAAAAUAUCAGAAUGAGUAGUUCGUAUUAUCCGAAGAAUGAUGAUGAUGAAGUGGAGUACGAAAAAUGCCGUAAAGAGGAGAAAAAGGUUAUAGUAAAGAGUCGUUAUUUUUUGCACGUUAACGCAGAAAACGCUGAUCGUGAGGAAGAAAAGAGUAAAGGUGAAAAUUCUGCCGAGAUACAGAUAAAUCGAUCGGAUUUAGAUUCUAAUGAUUGCAAAAGCUCAGCUGAUGACAUAAAACAGAGAAUGAAGAGUUCUUACUUUGGACAAAUUUCUAUUGAAUCUGAAAACUUUGUAAAUAGAGGUGAAGAACUUGUCGAGCCUUGCAAUUAUGGUGUUGUUCGUAAGAGCUUGUCAAGUGAUGAUAAUCUGUUAGAAGGCAAUACUGUGAAGAAAAGAAAGCUUGCUCAAACUGACAGCCCAAUUGACGACACAAAGGAAAAUAAGUGGUCUAAAGACCUUUCGAGCUCAUGCAAUUUGGAUAUAGAAAACGAUACAAAAGAUGAUGAAGAAGAAAAAAUGGCGUGCAACAUUAGUCAUUUAGGUCGUUAUUCUGAUAUAGCCGGGAAGUCAAUGGAAAAAUUCGUGUCGGUUAUAUCGUCGUUUAAAUACAGCUUGUCUGGUUCACGUGCAAGUGGCCUUCGUGCGCCUCUAAAAGACAUAAAGAACAACAAUUGCAUCAAAAGGUCGAGUCUUGAUGUGGAUUUGAAGAAAUUCACUUACGCGCCUGCCAAACGAACAGCAGCCUCAAGAUGCCUUAAAAGUAAAAUUUGAGGUUCUUUUUUUUUUUAGAGUGGAGUACUAGAAAUGAAUUUUGAUGGCUGGUCUGGUUUUUGGUGUUCUUUAGAGAAUAUAUUAAGAAUGGCAGCUUAGCAGGUUUGUGUUUUGCUGCCACAGGUUUUUAGUGAAGCCCUGUUUUGCAUGAUAAAUGUGUAAUUUGUUUAAUGUACACUAUUUGUGGUUUUUUGCCAAUUGACUCACUUACACAUAUUGUAACUUUAUGAGUUAAUGUUUUCUUUUCUUUCCUAUUUUGGUUGGGAA